GUACCGUACUGUAGUCUCCCUCUUUCUCCAGGCUAAACGCUCCAGCAUGCAAGACCGUGGCGGAAAGACCAAAUAUACCAAUCCUUCUGAGGGUCCAUAAACAUGUCUCUUACCCCUCUCGGUUACUCCACGUGUAGUCUACCGGUGUUACACACAGACUUUUUUUACUAGUACGAGUAAAAGUAAUUACUCAAACGUGGUUUGGUUGGUUUCUUUUUCAUCUCCGUCUGAUGGCCCAGCCUGUCUAGUUUACUCCGGCUCCCUACCAGCGCAGCGUGGGGGUGUGGUAGGGUUGGGUUUGCUCCUUGGUUGUGGCUGGUUCGAUGUUCUUCCCCCAGUUAUGGAUACUCAGUUUCCAACGAAUUGGCAUUGGGUCCCUCGCACGGACCUAGAUCCAUUCCCCCAAUUCGAGGCAAGCCAUUCGGCAGAUCUGUUUUUACGGCCUUUUUUGUUAGCGGUAUUGCUGUUUUUACUCUCUUUUUUUUUUUUUUUUUUUUGUUCUUGAAAUUGCAUUGAAAUUUUGAAGUUCGUAAAUGUUCUGUUCCCUCAGGAACCCUUACUCGAUAAGAAACCUUCAUAUAAUUCGUGGUCUAUCCUACUUAUCCGUACUCCUGCAUUCUAACACUUCUUUCCUAACAGUAUUUGCGUGGUUUAUGGAUAGGCAUAUAUAUAUUGGCGGGUUGCGGGUUAAAAUGGGUUAAUAAGUGCCCUUGAAGGCCCUCCCAUAGUCCAACCCUGAAUAGCUACUAGACUUGUUUUUCACUACCGACAACUCACUACUCUCAGGUCUUAUAUGCCCUACUCAGGUGAAUGGCCCACAACCACGAUCAAAGUUCCACAAGUGCUGGAGCCAACAUGUCUUCGUCACUCCAACCUAACGCAGCACCUUCUAUUGAGACUGGACUCUCAACGGAAAGCUCAAGCCAAGAAGGAUUACAAAAUUACCUUAUGGAAGCGGAUAGUUUCCCCCCAGAUCUCUCGGACGAUCAGGGGAUUGGUGACGAUUUAUCCACGUAUACUGCUUCUCUUUCCUCCAGCGUGUUGAAUUAUCAAUACGAAAACGGUCGCAGAUACCAUGGCUAUCACCGAGGAAAUAUUAAUAGCGGAAGGCUGUACUGGGCACCCAUUGAUCCCAAUCCACAAAAGAUCCUGGACAUCGGCACUGGCACCGGAGCUUGGGCAAUGGAUAUGGCGGAUAUGCAUUCUUCAGCCCACGUUAUCGGGACGGACUUAAGCCCUAUCCAACCCGGCUGGGUUCCGCCGAAUCUAUCCUAUGAGAUUGAUGACGCAGAAAGCGAAUGGACAUACGGGGGAAAAACUUUCGACCUUAUCCAUACCCGCUAUUUGACAGGAUCAUUCGCGGACUGGCCAAAAUUCAUAGAAAGAUCAUUCCGAACUCUAACGCCCGGGGGGUGGCUUGAGUGCCAAGAAAUUGAUAGCCGUAUCCUCUCUGAUGACGGGACCCUCCUGCCAGACUCAGCCCUUGCCAGAUGGAGCCGACUUCUCCACGAAGCAGCAGAAAUUUAUGGACGCAGCGUUGUAGUAGCCUCUAAAUUAGCGGGUUGGAUGGAGAAUGCGGGAUUCGUGAACGUUACCAACCGAUGCUUCAAGCUCCCGAACAAUGCUUGGCCUAAAAACUCCAGAAUGAAAGAAGUAGGAAUGUACCAAAUGGUCAACUUCCUGGACGGCUUGGAGGCUCUCACGAUGGCGCUGUUCACACGGGCACUUGAGUGGACACCAGACGAGGUGAAGACCUUCCUGGUUGAAGUUGAGAAGGAUAUUAAGAAUAAGAAUAUUCAUUCUUAUCUUAAUUUUUACGUCGCAUACGGGCAGAGACCGGAAUAGUGCAUGAGGUAUCACUCGACCUGAGGGACAGAGGACCAAAGGACUUGUGAGAAUUAGGCUUAGUGCCGUUGCUAAAAAAGGGAUAGGGGUGUUGGAGGCCAAUAGCAUGUUAUCAAACCUCUUUCUCUUUUUCCAUAUCCGUUCUACUUGAUAAAUAUACAGAACAGACAUCAAUCAC